UGGUUCCGCGAUCUCCAGGGGCUUUUAGGGCCUUCGCCUCCUGUCACCCGGGUGCCGCGGCGCGGGUGGGAGACAGACGGCCCCCUGGCUGGGUGUUGUCCUCGCGGCCAGCGGGAAGCGAGCGAUCCCUCAGAAGCCUAGGGGUUCUGCGACCCCUCUUACCAACGCCAUGGCAAUUCCAGGUUGCAACAAGGACAGUGUCCGAGCAGGCUGUAAAAAAUGUGGCUAUCCUGGUCACCUGACUUUUGAAUGCCGCAAUUUUCUCCGAGUAGAUCCCAAAAGGGAUAUAGUUUUGGAUGUCAGCAGCACAAGCAGUGAAGAGAGUGAUGAAGAAAAUGAGGAACUGAAUAAACUACAGGCAUUACAAGAAAAAAGAAUUAAUGAAGAAGAGGAAAAGAAAAAAGCAAAAAGCAAAGAGAAAAUCAAGUUGAAAAAAAAAAGGAAGAGGUCUUAUUCAUCUAGUUCCACUGAAGAGGACACUUCAAAACAAAAGAAGCAAAAAUACCAGAAGAAAGAAAAGAAAAAGGAGAAAAAGAGUAAGUCAAAAAAAGGGAAGCAUCACAAAAAGGACAAAAAGAAGAGAAAAAAGGAAAAGCAUUCCUCUGCCCCUAAUAGUUCUGAAAUCUCCAAAAAGUAACUGAGCCUGGCCUGAGCUAUUAAAUUUAAAAAUUUAGUUUUGAAAAUUAUUUGACCUUCUUUGAAAUUUGCCAUAUAAUUAUGCUUUGCAAUAAAUCACAGCCAUUUCCAUA